UUAUGUGAAUUGUAGUGCCUUUAAUUCUAUUCAUUUGUCCUUGUUCGCUAAGCUCCUUUACACAGAACGCAGUUUUGACAGCAGAAACCUUGGGCCCUGGUCAAUAAUUCAUAUAUUUGCAACGUUGUUAGCUGUACUAAACUAUAACAAUUUGUGUUAAAAUAUGGUAUAUUGUCUAACUAAGUAUCUUUAUAAUGAAAUAUGUGUUCGAAUCCAACCGACUACAGCGCAGCCGUUUCAACACAGACGUCGAUAUUAUAGCGCUGGUAGUUGACUGCGUGGUGUAUUACGCUCUAAAAUUAGUGUACUGUAAGGCAAUAGGAGACUAACGGAGCUUCAGGACCUUUCAGUAUUGGGCCACAUACACGCCGUUUUAAUUGUGACGGUCAGAAACACUUUGACAGCGAGAGCCUGUCUAUUGCAUGCUUUGUGCAAUAUACUCUGUUCUGCCAAAGGAGCCAGCGAGACAAAGUAAACAUGCAUAUGUUGGGAAAUGGCUUUGAGGGAAAGCUCUCCCUAGCAGUAGCACAUGAUUGUGUUUAUGGGACUAGGUAUGAGUGCGUGUGUAAGAAAGCGCCUGUAAGAGAGUCAGUUGAUGCCUGAUCUGUCUUAGUUCAGUCUGUCUCCCGAGUAUUUAAGGUUCAUAGGUUGUGCUCUUUCUGGGGUUUAAAUGGGUUAAGCCAGGGAAGAUUACAUGUCAAAGCGAAACAUCCAAGGGGGCCAUUUUGCUGAUCAUUUGUCAUAGUUGUGGCUGCUGUUUAAACAGAAAAUCAGUUCUCAACUCUAUAGUUUCAAUUAGGCCUAGCCUAUAUAGUUGGGUAGACUUUAUUAAGUGUAUCUGUUUUUCCUCACUAGAAAGUAAACAGCCACACUGAAUCCUGGAUGAUCGCCGGCUUCAGUAGCCAUUCCAACUAAAUAAUCCAGCCAGGCAGAAAUUCAUUUGCUCCAAACGCUUUUCAUUCUUGUUUGUUGAUCCUGCUUUUUGGAUUUAAGGUUUGAGUAGAUUUGAAUGAUUCAAUCCCAAUUAAUUCAUCACAGAUUUGGAAGGGGGGUUUGGAGAAAGCCAUCUGUUCUUGAAGUGUUCCUUCCUGUGGUCUAAGUCAUUGAAGUUAAAGCAGCGAAUUCUAGAAUCCUGUGCACAAUUGAGAGGCAACUGCAGUUGUGUUAAUUUGAGUCUCACCACUACUGCUUUGGUUCUCAUUUGUAUCAGAGUAUUGUAAUGGCUGCCCUGGGCCCUGAGGCUGCAAACAGGUUGAUGAUGCAUCUCCCCUGGCCCUCUGGCUUGAUUCAUAAACUGGGUGGGUCCUUUCAAGUUUGCAUUACUUUACAUUCAAAACUAGCCUACUUCCACUGAACUUCUUUAAAAUGUUUGUCUAUUGUGUCGUGAAAAACAGUCUAAAAAAGUAGGAUCAAACCAUGUGCUAAAUUUGAACGGCUGAGAAGAGCUCAGCUCCACGAGCUGUCGAACCUCCCUCUGGCCAGGUGUGUCCUACCUGCUGUCUAACUCGAGCCCCACCUCUGAAUGUUACUCAACUUGCUCCAGAGAGCUUCUCACUUGUCAGUCAGUCAGCCAUAGACUUCGUGCCUAGAGGAGUGUGUCGUCUUGGAGAGAAAGCCUCAUUAUUGUCUCCAGCCUUCCCCAUCUCCAGUCUCCACCAGGCGCGGACAGCUCCCAGCUGCUGUCCUAUAGAGGCAGAGAAGAGACGCUUCAUUCAUUGCGGGCCGUCCGUCCAGAACCCUCGUCAUCAAACGGCAAUUGGCAGAAUGCAGAAGGAGUCUGAACGAAGAAUGACCAUGGAUUUUUCCCGCCUGCACACAUACACACCUCCUCAGUGUGCUCCGGAGAACACAGGAUAUACCUACUCUCUCAGCUCCAGCUACUCGACGGCAGCGCUCGAGUUUGAGCAGCAGCAUCACAUCGCUCCAGUCUUCGACUCUCCCAGGAUGUCGCGGCGCAGUCUGCGCCUGCAGACCACCGCCGGUCUCUAUGGCAACGACAGCCUGGCCACCGACUUCUCCGCCAACCACAGCUCGGUGAGCUACAGCACCGGAGGGUCCGGUCGGAGAGAGGCACGGACGGUGAGGAGCAGGAAGCAGCAGUCGCUCUCCCAGACCCUCACAGAGACGCCGCGCAAGACCCUGUCCUUCUCCACCACCACCACGCCUGCCAGCAGGCCCGCGGCCAGCGACGCCUGCCUGCUCUCCUCCACCCUGGAUCAGUCCAGCCUACGCCAGCACACCACCACCACCAGCACCUCCGCUACCACUGACGGAUCCUUGGAUGCAAAUAAGGAGGCCAUUCUCAAAGAGAGGAGAUCUAGGGCGGAGCACGGCUCCUCAAACGUCAACGGCGACCUCCACGGCGCCGCUUCACACAGCCACACGGCGCUCGCCAACGGCUUCAUCUGCAACGACUGCUCCAUCCACUCUGACAGGAAAACGGUCCUCACCACUCACACCACCGCCACCACCUCCUCCUCCUCCUCCUCCGCUCGGGCUGCCGCCUCCAGCGCUGCCGCCCUCUCAUCUUCAUCCUCCUCCUCCUCAACCAUUUACUCCUGGGAUAAGAGUCGCAGGAACAAGACAGGGGCCCUAGCGUCCGUGUCUGGCGCCUGUGUGCGCAUCGCCAGACGGGCCCUGGCCCCUGCCGUCUCCCUGGUGACCCUCCUCUUCCAGAACCUUCUCUGGCUGGCCUCCAAGGCCGUCAGUCCGCCGGGAAAAGGUUUGAUGGCGUCGCUGUGUGACUCUGCCAGGCGAGCAGUGUCUUCCAGCGUGGCUGGUCUGUGGUUGGUCAAGCAGAGCACCCUGCACAGGAUGGGCUACAGAGCCAACGGCUACGAAGGCAAAGCUCACUCCAGCUACUGCGGAAGCAUGAAUGUGAAAGACACGGUGACAGGAGAUGGACACCUCAGUCUGAACGGCUCCCUUUGUGACGACUGCAAAGGGAAGCAGCACCUGGAGACGCACACAGUGGUCCACACACGCACCUCCAGGGCCCGCAGCCUGGUGGGGGCGCUGUGGAGCCUCCUAGCUUACACAGGCUACUGUCUGCUGCAGCCAGGCUACUGGGUGUUGAGGGCGGGCAGGGGGGUGGGGUCCGGGGUGGCAGGCCUGGCCCAGAAGCUGCUGUCAGUGCUCUGGAUGAUCCUGGCUGCUCCAGGGAAGGCAGGCAGAGGAGUACUGUGGUUUGUGGGGACAGGAUGGUACCAGCUGGUGUCUCUCAUGUCUCUCCUGAACGUCUUCAUCCUGACACGGUGCCUGCCUAAACUAUGGAAGCUGCUCCUGUUCCUCUUGCCCCUCCUGCUGAUCCUGGCUCUGUGGUUCUGGGGUCCGUCCAGGGCCACCCUCCUCUCCCUCCUGCCGGCCUUCAACCUGAUCUCCCCCCUCGCCUACCUGUCCAGCCUGGUCCCUGCCUCCGUCCCCGUCCCCGUCUCCGCCCCCCCAUCCCCCGCCGCCGUCGUGCCCCUGGAGAAGUCCGCCGCGGCCUCCGCCCCCCAGGCACAGCCGCCCCUCCCCUCAGCUGCGGCGGUCAGCGGCGUGGACCUGGAGCGCCUGGAGCUCGUGGAGCGCCGCCUGGCCGUGCUGUGGGAGCAGGUCCAGCAGGGCGACCAGGAGCAGGAGCGGCGCCACGGGGACGCCCUGGGCCUCUACCAGGGGCUGAGGCUGCAGCUGGAGAGCCGCACCGACCGGGAGGCCCUGGGCCUCUGGGUCUCCGGCCUGCUGGAGGAGAGGCUGGCCGCGCUCCGGGGAGAGCUGGAGCAGGAGGGCAGCCACAGGACACAGUCUGAGGAGCAGCAGAGGGAGCGACAGCAGAGUCAGGAAGCCAGGCUGGCAGAGCUGGAGGUGCUGCUGCAGCAGCUGGCUGUUAAGACCCAGGUGGUUCAGCAGAGGCAGCAGGAGGAGCAGCAGAGGCAGCAGGAAGAGGAGGAGCUGAGGGAGAAGGAGAGGGCCUCCCUGGCCUCCACACCACCCCCGGCCCCAGCCCCGGCACCAGCCCCGGCACCAGCCCCAGCUCCUAUCAGUGUGGGCGUGGAGCAGAAGGCCCACGAUGCCCUGCUGGCAGAGGUGCAGCGGCUGGAGGCGGAGCUGGGGCGGGUGCGGCACGACCUGCAGGGGGUGAUGGGAUGCCAGGGCAAGUGUGAGCAGCUGGACACACUGCAGGGCACGGUGUCUACCCAGGUGACAGCUCAGGUGUCUGCCCAGGUCAAGAAGGAGCUCCUGGCUCUGUUCUACCCCGGAGGCCAGGCCCAGGGAGAGGUGCCCGAGGCCCUGCUGGCCUGGCUGUCAGAGCGCUACGUGCGCGGGGCCGACCUGCAGGCCUCGCUGGCCUCCCUGGAGCUCGCCAUCCUGAGAAACGUGACCCUGCAGCUGGAGCAGAGCCGGGCCCAGGCGCUAAGCGAGGCCCAGGCUCUGACGGAGGCCCAGGCCCAGGCCCAGAUCCACGCCAUCACCCAGACGGUCACCCAGAGUGUCCAGCACUCCGCCGCCGGAGAGGGCCUGUCUGAGGAGCAAGUGCAGCUGAUUGUGCAGAAUGCACUCAAACUCUACUCCCAGGAUCGAACAGGCCUGGUGGACUACGCCCUGGAGUCUGGAGGUGGCAGCAUCCUCAGCACACGCUGCUCCGAGACCUACGAGACGAAGACAGCCCUCAUGAGCCUGUUCGGCCUGCCGCUCUGGUACUUCUCCCAGUCGCCACGCGUGGUCAUCCAGCCUGAUGUGUACCCAGGGAACUGCUGGGCGUUCAAGGGCUCCCAGGGCUACCUGGUGAUCCGGCUGUCCCUCAAGGUCCUGCCCACUGCCUUCUGCCUGGAGCACAUCCCCAAGGCCCUGUCCCCCACCGGCCACAUCAGCAGCGCCCCACGCAACUUCACCGUCUAUGGUCUGGAUGAUGAGUACCAGGAAGAGGGGAAGCUCCUGGGACAGUACACCUACCAGGAUGACGGGGACUCACUGCAGACCUUCCCAGUCAUGGAGAAAAACGACAAGGCUUUCCAGAUCAUCGAGGUGCGGGUGCUGACUAACUGGGGCCACCCAGAAUACACCUGCCUCUACCGCGUCCGGGUCCACGGAGAGCCCCGCGUCCAAUGAGAGGAGGCCGCCUCGGUUUCAUCGUAUACAGACAUAUCACCCCACAGGGCCCCCGGUAUCUGCACAUAGCGCCACAGGACUCUUUUUUCUACAAAACCAAGGGGGCUGGGGAAAAAUGAAAGAACGUUGUUUUUAUAUGACUGAGGGUCUUCUGGAAAUCGAGGGUGAAUGUUGUUUUUAUAGAAUGUGUCCAGAGGGAAUCGUGAAAGAAGAUGUGUUUUUUUUUUUACUCGGUACCGAAAGAAUCACAGAAUGACUAACGGAAUGUCAGAGAUGGAGGAGGAACGUGAUCAAGAAGACUACAGUUCCCUGACCCUCUCCUUAUACCCCAUGGCUCUUGCACUGAAACCCUAGAGGUGUGCAGCUGACAAAUCACUCCCCCGCCCUCCAGCUUCUAUAGCCUGGCAUGGAACCUUACAAAGGCAGAUGGUGUUCUUUCUUUUUUUUCCAUCAUCACUCCUCCCUCUUGUGUUUUUGUGUUUGGUUUGUGCUAUCACCACGGAAGGUACUCAACAGACAUUUUCACCAAGCCUUUUGUGUCUCCGUUUUCAUUAUAAGGAUCAAAGCCACAGAACUGAGGCCUGGGACUCUGCUCGGGCCUACCACUCUCUCUCUCUUUCUCUCUCUCAAUCCCUUUCUCUCUCUCUCGUUCUCCCUUUCUCUCUCUCGUUCUCCCUUUCUCUCUCUCUCGUUCUCCCUUUCUCUCUCUCGUUCUUCCUUUCUCUCUCUCGUUCUCCCUUUCUCUCUCUCUCGUUCUCCCUUUCUCUCUCUCCGUGCGUUCAAAGCUACUCAUCUCCGCAGCCGCGACUGGGCCUCCACAGGAGGCGACACCCUACAUGGAAGGACUGCUUAACCCCAGUCUGUGUGCUCAGCAACAAGGCGAACCCCCCCCACACCCCCACACACGACAGUCUGCAUCCACGCAGUCACCGUCACAACGCUCUGUUUUCUAGAGCCUGCCGUCACGCUGUACACGGACAGGGCAGGACUUUUGAAUGUGUUCCGGGGAUGCUCCACGCCUUCUCCCUGCUCCAGAUCGACCACAGAUUCCGCGCCGCAGGAGCCUAAACCAUGCCACGACUAGAGCAUAUUGAUACGCCGCGGCAACUCAGCAGAAAUAGGAAAGAUUUGAGUUCCUAUACUGCCACGGGAUGAAUCCAAACUUGAGAUGCAGGCGUCUUGUCAGGUCAACUUUUGACAAGGCACCACGAUUCAUAAGCUGUGGGAUAGGUUGGGGUUAACUGCUGCACACAUCUCAUGACAGAGUUCAACCCUGCGAGACUGCAGUGCACACCACAGACUCUGGCAGCCAAUGGCAAGGCUCCUAAGCAGUGUAAUGUCCUCCUUAGGGCUCCCUCCUUCAUCCCAGAUUCCCCCCCCCCCCACAGGAAUGUAAUCUGUAUAUUUAAUUGUUAAUAUUUGGUCCUUUAAAAAAGAAAAACUUGCUUUUAUCAGUGUUGCUAUACAGUAAGAGUAGUUACACCCCUCAUUACUAUUACUGUUGCUAUGAUCAUGUUAUUAUUUCUAUUAUCAUUGUUAUUACUCAUUAUAUGUGUAUAAUUUGGGGGUUUUACUUUUAAACUGUUCCAUUUUGAAUCACGAAGGUUGCACUGUUAUGACUUGUGUGCUGCACUCAAGUCCUCACAAUUUGUGGUAAAAGAGAAAACAGAGGUUAUACAUUUUGUUUGUUGACCAGACCUGGAAGUCUAGAUGUACAAAAAUGUGUUGACUAUUUAUUUUUUAAGACAUUCAGUUACUACAAGGUAGGACUUGGUGCAAUGUAUUUUUGUCAAAUGAUUUUCAGUGCAUUUUGGAACCAUCUUGGAACAGUAAAACGUUUAGAUAAGUUUAUUUUUUAUUUUUGUUGCUGCUGUCAAUUAACUGCUAUGGAAAAUAUUCCAAUAAAGACUUUAAUUUUGAGAGCUUUUGAUGCAUGUGACAUUUUACUUAAUAAAGACUGUUUUGCUUUUUUA